UGUCUCUCUCUUUAUCUCACUUGUUCACUUUGUACUCUCUCUCCCUUUAUCUCACUUGUUUUCACUUUACUCUCUCACCAAACUCAUCUCCAUCUCUGAUGGCUGAAGAUUCUUCAACUCCAACUCCGCCGCCGCCGCCGCCGCCGAUAACUGAACAAGAAGAACCGCUACCACCACCCCCAUCAGCUCCUGUUCCUACAGAAGGUAAAUCACUAGCUGAAAUGAUGGAAAAAGAUUCGUCAUCUUCGCCCAUAACGAUCCCACCUCAAAACAAACAAGAAGUUGUUGAAACAGAACAAGAGAAGCCCCUUGAGAAGCACAAUAUUCCUCAGAGUUUGAUCUCAUUCAAGGAGGAAAGUAACAUAGUGGCUGAUCUGUCUGAAGUUGAAAGAAAGGCUUUGCAAGAACUCAAGCAUCUUGUUCAAGAAGCUCUCAAUAAUCUACAAUUUACUUCAAAAGAAAAGAACAAACAGAUCCCACAAACUGAACCAGAAUCUGAUAAAAGCACUGAAAUUAAACCGCCCCCUGAGGAAGAAAACCCUGAAAAGAAAGCAGUGGAAGAAGCCAAAGAAGAGGUGUUCAUCUGGGGAGUCCCUCUUCUUAAAGAUGAUAGAAGUGAUGUGAUUCUGCUUAAAUUUUUGAGGGCAAGAGAGUUCAAAGUGAUGGAUGCUUUUACAAUGAUAAAAAACACAAUCAAAUGGAGGCAAGAAUUUGGAAUAGACAAGCUUGUAGACGAAGAUCUUGGAGAUGAUCUGGAGAAAGUUGUGUUCAUGCACGGUUAUGAUAGGGAGGGGCAUCCAGUAUGUUACAAUGUGUAUGGUGAGUUUCAGAAUAAGGAAUUGUAUCAGAAGACUUUUUCUGAUGAAGGAAAAAGGAUGAAGUUUUUGCGUUGGAGGAUUCAGUUCUUGGAGAGAAGUAUCAGAAAACUUGAUUUUAAGCCAGGUGGAAUAUGCACCAUUUUUCAGGUUAAUGAUCUUAUGAAUUCCCCAGGGCCUGGAAAGCGUGAGCUCAGAUUGGCUACCAAACAGGCUCUUCAAUUGCUUCAAGAUAAUUAUCCUGAAUUUGUUGCCAAACAGGUGUUUAUUAAUGUUCCUUGGUGGUAUCUUGCAUUUUAUACAAUGAUUAGUCCUUUUUUGACUCAAAGAACCAAGAGCAAGUUUGUUUUUGCGGGGCCAUCAAAAUCUGCUCAAGCCCUUUUCAAAUAUAUUUCGCCUGAACAUGUACCAAUUCAAUAUGGUGGCCUGAGCAUAGAUUACUGUGAUUGCAACCCAGAGUUCACCAUUGAUGAUCCUGUCACUGAGAUCACUGUAAAACCAGCAACCAAGCAAACAGUGGAAAUCAUAAUUUACGAGAAAUGUUUUAUUAUUUGGGAGAUCCGAGUCAUUGGAUGGGAGGUGAGUUAUGGAGCUGAAUUUGUGCCGGAUGCUAAAGACCAAUACACCAUUAUCAUUCAGAAGCCUACCAAAAUGGCUCCAACUGAUGAACCAGUGGUGUCUACCAGAUUCAAAGUUUGUGAUUUGGGCAAGGUAUUGCUCACAAUUGACAACCCAACCUCAAAGAAGAAAAAGUUUCUCUACAGGUUCAAGAUCGAACCCUUUUCUGAUUGAAUAUCUCAUCAUUGUGGAAUUUAAAUUUAUUGCUCUUUAGUUUCUGGUUAAGUUUCUGUGUGCGUUUUAUGUUAAUCGCCAUGUGGAUAAAUGCUGGGUGAAAUUAGCACAUGAGUGUAAAAUUUGUGUUGGUUUGCAAGACUUUAGUAGAAAUAGGAUGAUCUUGCGUUAGGUGAACAACUAGACUUGAGGCGGCGGAGGUGAUACGUCUUAUCUACCAUUUAGUUGUGGUGUUUUGCUUUGUAAUUUUUUUUUUCCCCUCACAGAUGUCUAUAUUUGGAAACCAAUGCAGUCUUUUAUUGUACUAUCAAAUAGUCUAUGCUAUUGUUUGAUAUUUCUAUA